GGGUGGGAGCCAUGGACUCGGCGCCAGCCUUCGCCAUGGACAAGCCGUUCGCCCCCAGCGCCGUGCGCGGCCCGGAGCAGCCCGAAAACGCUCAAAGCCGGAAAAACUUCAGCGUGAGCCACCUCCUCGACCUGGAGGAGGUAGCGGCCGGGAUGAACGGGACCCCUCCGGCCGGUCCCCCGCCCGCCGGGGGCGGCAAGGCCAUGCCGGAGCCGUCGGGAGGCAGCAGCGGCAGCGAGGCAGCGCCCCAGGACGGCGAGAGCCUGAGCCCAAGCCGCGGGGCAGCCAAGAGGAAGAAGAAGCAGAGGAGGAACCGCACCACCUUCAACAGCAGCCAGCUGCAGGCUCUGGAGAGGGUCUUCGAGAGGACGCACUACCCUGAUGCCUUCGUGCGGGAGGAGCUGGCGAGAAGGGUCAACCUCAGUGAGGCAAGAGUCCAGGUCUGGUUUCAGAACCGAAGGGCCAAGUUCCGCCGUAACGAGAGGGCGAUGCUGGCCAACAGAUCAGCAUCGCUCCUCAAAUCCUACAGCCAAGAAGCAGCCAUCGAGCAGCCCAUGGCACCGCGGCCCACUGCACUGACCCCAGAGUACCUGUCCUGGACCAGCUCCUCUCCAUACAGCACUGUGCCCUCCUACAGCUCCAGUGGGACCGCAACACCCACCCAAGGGGUGAACAUGGCCAACAGCAUUGCCAGCCUGCGCCUCAAAGCCAAAGAGUUCAGCCUCCAUCAGAACCAGGUGCCGACCGUGAACUGACCAGGGCAAAGCCCACCCCGUGGCCUCAUCCAGGAUACAGCGUGGAGCUCCUGUGCCGGACCAGGAUGAACCCAACCCACAUGCCACUUGUCCAACGUCUCAGCACCUCUUCUCUCCUCUUCUCUUCCCUCUUGAAGGUAGAGUCAGUCCCAGGCCGAAGUGGCACAUAAUUAUAGCCACAUAUGGAGCAAACUUGGUUAGAAACUUGCUUUUCCGCACACCCUUAUAAUAAAGGCUAUAUAUACACACACAUACCCCCCACGCGCUCUUCGAGGACAAACAGACUUGCCAAGGGAACAAGAAUUUGCUUCCAAACAUGGAAGGAUCUUGGACUAUUGGAUUUGACCAAUUUGGGUAUCUCGCCCAGAGAGCCAAAGAGUUAUUGGGUCUUGUCCUCCCGCAGGGACAGUGUGCAGUGGUGGGAGGAUCAUGAACCCCCCUUUCCACCAGGCUGCGACUCGUGAUGCUCAGCCACACAUGCCGAAGCUGACCCGCGCAUUUGCCUCUUUGUGCUUGGGAGAGGCUUUGGGAAGCCAACAGCUCGUCCCUGCCGCAGCCAACCCUUUGCAUCGUGCUGCCUGCAUGUCGGAGCUGCCUAUAUCGAUGGCAUCAGGCUGUGCCCUUCAAAGAGGGGUGUGAAGGACUCACUGGGUGCUGCGGGGGGCACCGCGGUCCCCAUGCAGGCGGGUUUGCCAGCAGUGCUGCAGAGCUCCAGGUCAUUGAACCAUCCCAGGGAAAAGAGAAAAUUGGAAAAAGCUGUUGGGUUUCAGCUGAGUAGGCGGCUCCCGGCGCUCCGUGCCAACGGCAAAGCAGGCUUCGCCUUCCGGAGGCACAGCCUCGCACAUGUGUGAGGGGCUCUGGGGCUGGCGACUCCAUGGGGGUGAGCUCCUUUGGCUUUCCACAAAGGAAAUGGUUUCCUCCUCAUCCCACCCUGCUGCGCGGCAUCAUGAGGUUGCAAGGUGGGAUGUGCAGGGGGAUGGACACAGGGUGGGCAACAUCACCCCAGUCCUUCAACCGCGGGACUGAGCUGCAGAGAGAGGCAUCAUUCACCUUCCCCUGCUGAUACCACACAGUGGGGGAUGAGCCAGAGAUGGAGCUUUUACCCUGGGGACAAAGAGCACUCUUUCCUCACCCGCUGCAAAGAGCCACCAGCCAAGCACAGGAACACCACCAGCUCAGAUGGGUGGCCUGGAUGGAGAAGGCACCAUCUCUCCUUGCCUAGAAGGUCUUGGUCCUGCUGGGGACUGUAGCAGUAGAUCUGAGGAUGAAUACAGCAAUUGCUAAGGUGCUUCCUCUGGAUAAACAUCCUCUGGUGUGUGACACCAAGGCUGAAAGUGUCCCAACUACACAUGGGCCCACCCGAGUCCCCACUGCUCCCAGAAGCAUCCCCUCCCUGUCCCACUGGGGCUCUCACAGCAGCCACACAUGGUACCCAGCAGCUACACCCCAGGCAGAGGACUCAGCACCCAGAGCUGGAGACCUGAUAAGGAGAACCAGGAGAGGAGCACAUCUCUGGCUGGGGGUGAACCAGCCCCUGAAUCCUGCCCCCAGCCCCAGCUUUCUCUGAUCAAUGCAGCCCUCACCUCCCUUAUCCAUGGAGCAAAGUCACCCUCUGCCCCCCACCCCUAUUUCCAGUGCUGGUGUCCCCCAUUUGCCAUACCAGAAGGGGAGCACACAGCUCCCCAGCCCGCAGCAAGACACCACAUAGACCUGACAAAAGCCAAGAAGGGGGCAAGACAGAUCCACUGCAGACCAAGUUAUUCACCAUGAGAAACUCCACUUGGGGCAGGAAGAGGGGUCCGGGCUGGGGGUUUCCUAUUCCCAUGGAAAGCACAGGGCUCUUUUUUCGGUUGUACAAGAUGAAACCACAGGGAUAUAAAUGUCACUGCCUCUUUGAGAGCAUUAAUGAAAAUAAACCCAUCUAAUAGUUUGCAGAUGCCGUUUCUGUAAACCUAAAAAAAGCAGGGAAUAAAUAUUUCUUCACUAAAUAUCUAUAUGUAUAUAUAUAUUUGAAAACACUCACUCCUAAGCUGGUGGCCCCUCUUUCGCCGUGCUCUUGGCAGCUUAUCACAGCUUGUCAGUCAAUGCUGAGGACUCACCAAGACAAGAUACAAACUGCACCCACGGAGGGGUAGCAGGACAGAGGGGUUAUUGUAAUCCAGCCUCCCUCUUGCCCUUUCCUAUUUGUGCAUUUCAGCUCCUUGGAACAAGAUCCACGGUGGAUUUCCCCCUUUUUUUUUGUUUUUCCUCUCCUGCAUGUCUCUGUUUUGGAAAUUUUUGUAAGGUUUUUGUAAAAACAACUCUUGUGAAAUAAUGGAGGAAUAAAUAUUUUACUGAGUA